GGCAGGCUGGCAAACUGGCAGAGCCGCCCUCUCAGUCUCUGCCUUACCGCGCCACAGGCCAGCAGGCCAGGCAGGCGUGCUUACCAGCGUGCUUACCUCGCUCGGGUCUCGUCUCGUUUUCCUUUGAUUCAUUGAGUCCAGUUCAGCCCCCUGCCCUUGCCGCCAAGCUGCCACCCAUGGCCAGGAUUCUGGCUUGGGGGACCCACGAUCGCCGGGUCGCCUCAGGGGUCCAUGUCCCUUUCUAAUUGAUCCCACCAGCCUGGAGCAUAGACUACUAUGUAAUGUGCAAUGCCACACUUGUGCAGCGUGCUGGCCGCCCACCAGCCCGCCAGCCCGCCUGACUGUACGGCGCGGGACAGGUGAACGUGCAAUCCAGACCACUCGUUCACAGGGCCCGGGGGGCUGACCCACUCCCCAACUGCCCGACUGCAUGUGCCAUGGCCAGAUGGGUCGUGGCGCCAGUCUCCAGUCUCCAGUCUGGUUUUCUUUUUUGAUCCCAGGCCUCUCCUUCUCCAGUUCCCGCCCGUGUGCGAUCGCGAGCUCCAGACCAGCUCAAGCUCCAGCUCUCCGGGGUGCGACUCGACGAGGUGGACGCACAAAACAUACACAGUACUUGCUGCCCAGGUGUGUACGGAGUAGUCCAGGUUCGACCAGGCUACGUACGUGCAUGUCGUCACCCUGGCGCCGACAAGAGAAGGGAAGGAGUUACGGUCAACAAGCCCCAUCCACGCCAGGUACAACGCAGGCACAGUAACACGAAAGGACACUCGGGCAUAUACACUCACACAGCCUCUUUCCUGGCCAGCAAGCCCCGCCUGUUAAACAUUCGGGUUCCUGCUCGGCGGUUGCUGGGCGCCUCCGACUCAUCCAUCGCCUGUUUUUCAACCGCGCGUGUGUACUCACCAUCACCACGCUGCCCUGGACCAGACAGGCUGUCCAGCUCCAUAUCCACAUCCGGGUCCCUGCCGACCUCACAAUUACAGGACUCAUUCAUUGUUUGUUCGGACAUAACGCAUUAAGCUCUGUUCCUUGUCUCUGGCAUCUGCAAGUCGCAUCUUGAACUUCACCAUCGCCAUCGCUGUCGCCACCCCCACUACUCGCUUCGUACUUGCUGGCGUCCAACACGGCCUACAUCCCUCGCUGGCUCUCGCGCAGAAAGGCCCACUGAGCUGAUUGUACCGCCCACACAGCAUCAUGGCCAUUCCCACCCCCUUGCAGAGCUUACACAGGCGGCGCACAACCAAGGGCUCGGCCGGCUCUUUCGACGCAAACUCGACAAUAUGGGAGGAUGACGGCUACUGGUACAAGCUUGACCUGCGCAGGAACACCAGGGCCCGCUCGGUUUUCGCUGGGCUUGCUUCCCUUCUAUACCUUCUAUCCUGGAUUUUCCUCAUGCUGAUCGAGCUUGGCCAAACUCGAAAAGGCAGCAGGAUACUUGGUGAAAUCUACUUCUUCAGGCUAUCACUUGCCGACAUCAUCCCUACCUCUAUUGAGAACGCCCAGCUCAUCAACUCAAUCGCCCGUGGCAUCGGCCUCCACGACUUCUACCAACCUGGCCUGUGGAACUACUGUGAGGGCUACAACGAUGAAGGCAUCACAGCCUGCUCCAGCCCCAAGAGCUACUACUGGUUCAACCCAGUCGAGAUCAUCUUGAAUGAGCUUCUUUCCGGGUCCACCAUAGCAUUGCCCGCCGAAAUCACUCAGAUCCUUGGUAUCCUCAAGAUCUGCUCCAACAUCAUGUUUGCCUUUUUCCUUGCUGGCACCAUCGUCUCCUUCAUCAUGGUCUUUCUUUCCCCCAUAGCCAUCUUCUCCCGGUGGUGGGCUUUGCCCAUGUCCCUGAUCUCUUUCCUGACCUUCCUGAUAAUUCUGGUUGGAAGUGUCAUCGCAUCGGUGAUCAGUUUCGUCUUCAAAUAUGCCGCCACCGCGCAAGCGUCACUUAAUAUCAACGCAUACGUGGGAACCCGCAUGUUUGUCUUCAUGUGGGUCUCCACCGGGUUCGCAUUUAUCGCGUUCGUCCUCCAUGCCGGCAUGGGAUGCUGCUGCACCAGCCGGCGAGACCUCAAGAGCGGCAGGAAGCCGAUGCGGCACUCGAGCAUGAAGAGGGCGCAGUCAAAGCGGUCUCAGAUGUCUCAGGUAUCCCAUUCUCGAGACACCUCGGCGGCCAGUCAACAACAAGCUCAAGGGCGGAAUAGGAGCAACACCGCUUUCUCCUUCGACCAGCAAGCUGGCGGGCAUAGCAGGAAUGGCACGGUGCUCUCAACGCACGAUGAGAACGGAGUCAGCCGGUCCAACUCUUUGAAUACGAGCAACGGCGGCGAUGUUAGCCGAUCCAACACGCUGCGCGGUAACAACGGACAGGUCAGCCGGUCCAAUACCGUCGGCUCCGUCACAAAGCCACAGCAAGCGGGCAGGAGCAGGUCCGGUACACUGCGGUCCAUCAGGUUCCAAGAUGAACGACCGCCUUCGUACGAGUCUGACAAGACGGCCGUCAACGAGAAGCAAGGAGCAAUGGGCACACGAGGCACGAGUUCCUAGUGUGAAUGCGGGCCUCUAGGGCAGGUUGAUGGACCUUCUCGAGACCAGGUGGAGUCCCCGAAUCAGACUGCCGAAGUCUUUUCGGUGGGAGGCCCAUCUACGGAGCAGGUCUAGGCCUUUUUCACAUGACAACAAUAGUCAUCAUUUCUAUACAAUCCGGUACGGACGGUCGCUGGCUGCGAAUCAGCGACUCAGCGACUCAGCGACCCUGCGAAUUUUGGCGAGGCGUUACAGGUUAGAUUCUGGGUUUCAUUAGACUACUAGACGCCCUCAGCAUGCGUGUGCACUUGUAAAUCAGGGCAUCUUCGCGGGUUGGGUAUCAUUAUAUAGGUAGCUUUCGACUCGGCCACGCCGAGAAUCAGUGUUAAUAGUAAAAGACUAUGCUCUUCUGAGCUUGCUUGCACUGUCCCCUCCUUCACUGGGGUGUUACUUGUAUGCUGGCGCGCGGUGAUCCUGAUGUCUUUGGCUGCUUUUAACCCGGACCACCUGUAUCAUGGCAAGUCAUACAUGCUUCUUGGCUGGUGUGUGUGUGUGUGUUGUGGGUGGAUGGAUCCGGGGGGGAGGGCGGCGAAUGCAUCAUCUUGAACUGAGUGGACCGGGCCAGUCCUGUAGAGUCACCGUCAUCGUGGCCUGUAAUUGUUUCCAAGACGCACGUCAAGCGAUGGCGGCUCAAUCAAGCUUGUACGCCCGCCUCGCCGUGCGCGCAAACACCUGCGCCUUCUCGUCGUCACUGAAGCUACUCAUGAAGCAGAGCCUGUCAACAACCUUCCUCCACUUCUCCCACGCGCCCUCCUCC